UAUAUUAUAUCGGUCUGAUCUGAAUUCAAUUUGAAUUUGAACGAACGCUGCUGAGUGCUUAAAUGCUUAGUAAUCCAAAAAAUAAUAGUUUUACUUGACUGUCUUGACUUGAGUUUUACUGAUCAUUACUUAUUAAUUAUUAUAAUAAUUCAUUUGAUUAUUCUCUUUGCUAACAUCUGAUAUUUUGGUUUGGUUGGUCGAAAUCCAGGAGCAGUGGCUUGAUUAUUUUGUUUAUGUUUAAAUUGCCGAAAGUGAAGUAGGCAUAGAAGUUUUGCAAGAGUCUCGAUACCCACCUACUUGUAAUCAACUUUAAAUCAUGCCAUUGGAAGUAAAAGUUGCAGAACAACAACUAGGUGACUUCUUGAAACUUAGAUGCUUACUUAGUUUUUCUGGAAGCGAACCUCAGGAAUUUUCCAGUAAUGAUUAUAUUGUCAAUGACUUGGCUAUUGUGAAAUUGUAUAUCAAAGACUCACCUAAAUCACUUUUGUGCAAAAUACUUGCAAGAGCCAAAUAUCGCAAGGUCAAAGUUAAAGUAUCUUGUCAAGAUAUGGAUGAACCAUUUUAUGGUGAAUGGAUCUGUAUUAAUUCUUGGAAACAAAUUGGUUGUAGGCAGAAUUGUGACAUAUCUUUAGAUAAUGUGUAUACAUGCUUAUUCAACGUUACCAUUUCCGCAAGCAAGGUUGAAGAGUCCUAUCACAUGAAACUUUAUAAUGAUGUUGAUUUUACUGACUUCAUCUUGAGUGCCGGCGAUGGGAGUGUGGCAGUCCACCGGGCUCACCUGGCAGCCCACAGCGAUGUGUUCCAAGCAAUGCUUACCAAAGAGUGGAAGGAGACAACUGAAGGCCGCAUUCAGAUUGAGGGAGUCUCUCUGAAGACCCUCCAGCACUUUAAGGAGUUUAUCUACCUUCACACUCUCCCGGAUGGUGAUGGACUUAAGUCUUUACUCUUGCUAGCAUCAUAUUACUUAAUAGACGAUCUUAAGGCAGAAUGCAUAUCUAAGCUGGCUCUAAACUGUAAAUCGGAAGAUUGGAAAGGCCUUCUAGAAUUUGCCACCAAGAACCAAAUAUUUGAAUUAGUAAGUGCUAUGAUGAUAGUUAGCCCAGCAAUGACCACCAAAUGUGAACUAAAGGCACCAGUGAGAGAAGAAAGUGAGAAUUAAUACCAGUUUUCCAUUGUAUUCCAUACCUACA